AGGAAUAUGGGUGAACCAGAGGAGAAGAACUCUGUAGUGACUGCUGCUAUAGUUGCUACUAAGAAAAUACGGAAUCCAGACAAGUAUUAUGUGUACGUUAUGCGGUUAACAAGGAAGAAUAAAAGUGUCUCAGUGAUUUACAGACGUUACUCAGAGUUCUUCCAAAUGCAUUGUGACAUGAUAGAAGCCUACAGGGAACUGAUAAGUUCUAAACCGAGAUUGUUACCACCCCUCCCGAAGGGUAGUGCUAUCAGUCGGACGACUGCUAAGGUGGCAGAAGAGCGUAUGUCAUCUCUGAGAGAAUACUUGGAGGCCCUGAUGAAACUGGACGUGAAGUAUAUUUCUUGUGAGAUCAUGGAGGAGUUCUUCACUGUUAACGAUGAUGAUCUUCUUUUCAUGAAGAGCGCAGAUGAUGACGCCGACACUAAGAACGCUGCUGAGGAGAUAGGGGGCCCAGUUGCGCUUGAGGAAUUUGAGGCUAUAGAAGAUUUCAACCCGAAAGACAAGAAAAGUGUCAAACUUAUUGCUGGUGAAAUCGUUGAGGUCGUGGAAAAAAGUGAAUCAGGUUGGUGGUACAUAUCCUGGUCAGGUGGUAUCGGGUGGGUUCCAGCUAACUACCUGCGUCCUCUGGAUGGUGGAGUGCCCGACAUGAUAGCCUGUCAAGCAGGUAGCUUCUAUCAGUGUGUUUCUAAUUUUAAAGCUUCUAGUCGAGAUGAAGUAUCGUUCUCCAAAGGUGAGAUAACAACAGUGGAACUUAUGUCUCACGACGGAUGGUGGUACAUUACCGUCGGUGGAAAGAAAGGGCUUGGUCCCGCCCAGUUUCUUAAAAAGGUAGAGGGAGAUCUUCUGCUAGAAGAUCUGAUAGAAAACCCUCCUGCUCUUGAUCCAGAACAGACAUCAAAAGCUAAUGCGAGCAGCUUGGUACCACGGUCUAACCAGCACAAGAGAACGUCAACCAGACGUGUUAGGAAGAGCAUGCGCUCUAAACGGCCUGCUCCUAACGCUGCCAACAUUCCCGCUGCAAUCCCCGAAGGUGACGAGAUGGUUGUUCUGGAGGAAUACCAGGCGUCAGGAGUUGGUCAGAUGUCUCUGUCAGUUGGAGACAGGGUUAUAGUCACUAAUCAGGAAAAGGAUGAAUGGUGGUAUGUUUGGAAAGACACUAAGCAGGGGUGGUUUCCAGCUGCGUUUCUCAUGGACGAGAAUGAGAUUAAAAAACCUGAAAGUUUUAAGGUUAUAUCCGAUUACAAGGCUGCCAGUGCGCAAGAGUUGGCAGCCAAAAAAGGACAGUUUUAUACUAAACAUUUGCCUUCUGAUGUCAGGAUUUGCCAAUAUGGAAGGAUUUGCCAAUAUGUCAGGAUUUGCCAAUAUGGAAAGAUUUGCCAAUAUGCCAGGAUUUGCCAAUAUGGAAAGAUUUGCCAAUAUGGAAGCGGACGGUUUCCGUGAUUUGACGUGUGAAUACUGUCAGAAGGUACUACCCGAUAUUACCCGUCUCCGCCGUCACAACUCAGCCCACAAGCAGGCGUAUAAAAGACAACAUGGAACCGCCAAGAUAAGAAGAGGGAUUCUGAAAACUACAACUCCAGAUUUAGGUUGCAAGGAAUGUGGCCGUGUAUUCCAACACUCCAUGACUCUAAAGCGACAUGAACGCUACCACGAGAAGGUCCGAAACCAAACUUGCUCGGAGUGUGGAGUGGUCUUCAGAUCAGAAUCCUAUCUCCUCAACCACCUGAUCAGCAGUCACCACAUCAUUCCUUCUAUCAGAAACGAUAUCACAAUAAAAGUUGACGAAUCUGCUCGUAAUGAUAUGAAUUCACGAAGCUGUAUCAUCGACCUUGGAAGGAAAAGGACCAGCGGCUUCUGUCAUCCCUCCAAACCACAACUAAUUCCCUCCAAACCACAACUAAUUCCCUCCAAACCACAACUAAUUCUCUCAAAACCUACUCCUAACCCCUUGAUCCACAGUACUGACACUAAACUGAAACAGGAUUGUAGUCCAAUCCAGCUCAAACAAUCCGGCUUUAAGUUUACAUCCAGUUCUAAAAAUGUCCUUGAAACGAACUCCGAUUAUGAUAAGCGUCAACACUUGAAGGUUUUACCUAAGAUAGAGACAUGCAUUAGUUUGACGGACUCCAAAAUUAGUUCCUCUAAAUCUGAAGAUUGCCCGGAGGAAAGUUAUCUAUUAGGUUUAGAUCUUAUAGCGAUCCAAGUGGUGGUGAACUUGAUGUUUAUUAGUGUUAAAGAUUACUGUAUGAAGAUGGAAUUGUCAGAUUGCAGGAAAGGGUUUGAAACGAAUUGAAAUGCUUUGUUUUUAUUGAAAGAAUCAGAAUUUAGAUCAUUUUUAAUACUUUAUUAUAUGGUAAAUAGAUUGGGUAGCACCUUUUGCAUUUUUUACUAUUGGCAUUGAAUAGCGCGUAUGUCGAUGAUAUACGCGAUGAUCGACAGUCGAUUAUAAUGUACAUGGAACUCUUCUUGCUAUUUUGCCGAUUACCAGAAAAUUAAUUUUUUUUGCAGGCUGCAGUGCUUAUUACAUGAUAUUGCAUGUUCGCUCCAUUUAAACGUUGAUUUAGAUCUUGACAAUAAAAAUGUAUGUUGAUUUAAAGUUGUGUAAAUGUAAUAGUAAAUAAUUACGGAACAACAUCAUAUUUAAAUUUUAGGUUGCUGAUCGCAGCUGUU